AUGGACAACCCAAUCAAAUUAAGUUAAUUGAAGUCUUCUUCCAAGUAGAAGGAAAUGGUGGACAAGCUCUUCAAGAUUCCCAUUGAAUAAAUAUAGAAAUUCAAUUAGAAGUCGUAAUCUAAAUCUGACAUAAUAAAUGAAUUGCGCCAAGAGAAUUAUGAUUUAAAAAACACUGUUAAUGAAUUGAGACAGAGAAUUCAGGAAUUAGAAUAACAAUUAUAGAAUCAAUAGAAUCCUCAAAUAGAGGAGGAGCAUUAAGAAUAAGUUUCAGUUGAAAAAUCACAAAAUGAAUUUUAGGAAGAAAUGACAGAAGAGGAGAAAUCAAUGCAAUUAGCAUUUAUGUUACAAUAGCAAGAGGAGAUGGAAUUCCAAAACCGUUUGUCUUAGUAUUCUAUUAUAUUUAUUCACCCCUCUAGAAUGUAAAACAAUGUAGAUCUUGAUGAAAUGAGCUAUGAACAAUUGCAAGAAUUGUAAGAGAAGAUGGGAUUUGUCAGUAGAGGGUUGCUCCUAAAUCAAAUUCAAUUGCUACUGAAAUAAUGCAAAAUCAAACAGCAAAUCAAUGAUUGUUGCACAAUCUGUCUAGAAGAUAGUGGAAAUCCAGUUGAAAUCGAAUUGGAGUGCAGCCAUGUAUUCCAUCAAGAAUGCAUUUCGGAAUGGCUCUCCAGGGAAAAACAUUGCCCAGUGUGUAAGAGAGACAUAAAUCUUAAUAAAUACAAAUGA